AUGAGCGAAUCCACCAUAGGCUCUGAGAGCUUCGAUGACAACGAUAUAGAUGACGCAGAAAAAGAGGGUUCCGGCUGGACCCUCAACUGUAGGAAGCGACGCCACCUCUCCGGGUGCUCUGCUUCACGUCAAGCCACCAUCAUUGAUGCCCAUCACGAGAACCGGACGGUCAUCGUCAAACCCCAAGACCCGACAAAGCUCAUCGCGAAGAUUAACCCUCUAACUCUAUCUCAAGAGCUAGAUUCCAUCACACUCCAUGGAGUGAUUCAAAUUCGACCGAACUACAGACUGAACCUCCUUGCAAUUGACAUGCGGGACAACAGCUCCAUGCAAACGAUCCUUACUUUAACAAUUCUAUUAGGGAUCAAAGUCCAGACCUACGAAGCUCACCCACGAUCUUCCGCCGUAGGAAUUAUUCGUGACGUAGACAAGGACAUCACAGAAAGCGACCUCAAAAAGGCUAUAAGCGCAACUACGCCAGUCAUCCUAGUCAAAAGGCUAGGCGCUUCAGAAACGGUGAAACUUGUCUUUGCAACCGAGACCAUGCCAGAACACGUCGUUGUGGGACAUAUACGCUUCAGAGUACUGCAGUACACCGACAAACCACGACAGUGCCACAAAUGUCGGCGGUUCGGGCACAUUCAGACCGCAUGCCCCCAUGUGCAACGUUGCAGCCGCUGUGGCGGCACUCACGACCGCAUCGACUGCCAAGCCGACCAACCUAGGUGCGUCAACUGCAAAAGAAAGCAUGAGGCGACCUCUUGA